GGGGCUUCCCUCUUCUGCUCUCACGGGUUUGCUCUGGCGGCUCGCACUCUCUCGCGCGUUUUCCGAGGGGCUACCGGUCUGGACUGAAGGCGGAGAGGGGAGCUUGAGUGGGUGCGCUCUGCCUGUGCAGAGCCGAGGCCGGCUUAUCCCGGCUGCGGCUAGUACUUUGGGGGUUCUCUCAGGUGGUCCUGACCAUUCUUCCCAACGGUCGAUUGGGAACAAUCGUUAGAGCCUUCUUUUUUUUCCCCUCACUUGCUCCGCCCUCUUCCGGUUCGGCCUCUGGUAGCCUCUAAGGGGAAGGGGAAGAUGGCGGGACUGUGCGAGAGCGCCGUGCGCACGCGCGAGCCCGAGUGCGCUUUGGUGGGUGCACGCGCAUGCGCGCGCUCCUGCGUUUAAGAAGCCGGAGUGUUGGGCGAUGAGCCGGGCAGUCAGUCUUCUGCGGGUGGUACCAGACCGUCUGUGCGCCGACUCCCCACCCACCCUCGUCUGCCUUCUCCCUUAGCCUCCGUUCGCUCACUACAGGACCAGGCACGAAAAUUAAAACAAAAUGAAGAUUUUUUCUGAAUCUCAUAAAACAGUGUUUGUUGUGGAUCACUGCCCAUACAUGGCAGAAUCCUGUAGACAGCAUGUGGAGUUUGAUAUGCUGGUGAAGAACAGGACCCAAGGAAUCAUCCCUUUGGCUCCCAUCUCCAAAUCUUUGUGGACUUGCUCAGUAGAAUCUUCCAUGGAAUAUUGUAGAAUAAUGUAUGAUAUAUUUCCUUUCAAAAAACUGGUGAAUUUCAUUGUGAGUGACUCGGGAGCACAUGUUUUAAACUCUUGGACUCAAGAAGACCAAAACUUACAGGAGCUAAUGGCAGCACUAGCUACUGUGGGGCCUCCUAACCCUCGGGCAGAUCCAGAGUGCUGCAGCAUUCUGCAUGGUCUUGUUGCAGCAGUGGAAACCCUUUGCAAAAUUACCGAAUACCAACAUGAGGCUCGUACUUUACUCAUGGAGAAUGCAGAACGAGUUGGGAAUAGAGGACGGAUAAUCUGCAUUACAAAUGCAAAAAGUGAUAGUCAUGUACGAAUGCUUGAAGACUGUGUCCAGGAAACAAUUCAUGAACAUAACAAGCUCGCUGCAAAUUCAGAUCAUCUCAUGCAGAUUCAAAAAUGUGAGUUGGUCUUGAUUCACACCUAUCCAGUUGGUGAAGAUAGCCUUGUGUCUGAUCGUCCUAAAAAGGAAUUGUCCCCAGUUUUGACCAGUGAAGUCCAUAGUGUCCGAGCUGGGCGGCAUCUUGCUACCAAGUUGAAUGUUCUAGUACAGCAACACUUCGACUUGGCUUCAACGACCAUCACAAACAUCCCUAUGAAGGAAGAGCAGCACGCCAACACAUCCGCCAACUACGACGUGGAGCUGCUCCAUCACAAGGAUGCACAUGUAGACUUCCUGAGAAGUGGUGACGGCCACUCAGGGGGCAGCAGCAGAGAAGGGCCAUUUAAAGAGACAGUAACCCUGAAGUGGUGCACACCCAGGACCAACAGCAUUGAAUUACACUACUGCACUGGCGCUUACCGAAUCUCACCUGUUGAUGUAAAUAGUAGACCUUCUUCCUGCCUCACUAAUUUUCUCCUCAAUGGUCGGUCUGUGUUGCUGGAGCAGCCACGAAAGUCAGGUUCCAAAGUCAUCAGUCACAUGCUUAGCAGCCAUGGAGGAGAGAUCUUUUUGCAUGUCCUUAGCAGUUCUCGAUCCAUUCUAGAAGAUCCGCCUUCAAUUAGUGAGGGCUGUGGAGGAAGAGUUACAGAUUAUCGGAUUACAGAUUUUGGUGAAUUUAUGAGGGAAAACAGGUUAACUCCUUUUCUAGACCCCAGAUAUAAAAUGGAUGCAAGUCUAGAGAUCCCGUUGGAACGUGCAAAGGAUCAGUUAGAAAAGCACACCCGUUACUGGCCCAUGAUUAUUUCACAAACCACCAUUUUCAACAUGCAAGCGGUAGUUCCAUUAGCUGGUGUCAUUGUGAAAGAGUCUUUGACAGAAGAGGAUGUGUUAAACUGUCAGAAAACUAUAUACAACUUAGUCGAUAUGGAAAGAAAGAAUGACCCUCUUCCUGUUUCUACAGUUGGUACCAGAGGAAAGGGGCCGAAAAGAGAUGAACAGUACCGGAUCAUGUGGAAUGAACUAGAGACUCUUGUAAGAGCCCAUAUCAGCAACUCUGAGAAGCAUCAGAGAGUUUUGGAGUGUCUGAUGGCGUGUAGGAGCAAACCCCCAGAAGAAGAAGAACGGAAGAAGCGAGGAAGGAAGAGGGAGGACAGAGAGGACAAGUCUGAACAAGCUGGGAAGGAGCACGGCUCGGAAAAACCCCGGCCAGACGCAGAUAGAUUGAAAGGGAUUUUAGAACGAGGGAAAGAAGAGUUGGCCGAAGCGGAGGUCAUAAAGGACUCACCUGAUUCUCCAGAACCUCCAAACAAAAAGCCCCUUGUUGAAAUGGAUGAGACACCACACAUGGAAAAGUCUAAAGGGCCAGUGUCCUUAUUAUCCUUGUGGAGUAACAGAAUAAACACUGCCAAUUCCAGAAAGCACCAGGAGUUUGCUGGGCGUUUGAACUCUGUCAAUAACAGAGCAGAGCUAUAUCAACACCUUAAGGAGGAAAAUGGGAUGGAGACAACAGAAAAUGGGAAAGCCAGCCGCCAAUGAAGAGUAACUUGAGAAACUGAAUUUAGUAUAUUGCGAAAAAUAUUUUGGCAGAAUUUCAUAUAAGUACUUUUACAGCAAGAUUGUAUAGUUAUGUUGCCUGGACUGGUUUUUACAUUUUUAAAGAAUUUCAACAAAUUAUCUUUUUUGUACUAAUUCUAAGAUUGGCAGAGUCAAAAUAUAUACACUGGAGAUUUGCCCUUCCAGACAACACAGUUUAUUUUAUGGUAAAAAAAAAAAAAAAAAAAAGUGUUCCCUCUGGAAAUGUUUUUUAAAAAAUUCUUAGGCUUCUCUUUGCCAAAUAAAACUAUUAAAAUGUUUUAAAUGCAAA